GUCAGUACAAAAGGUUAAACUGCAGAAGCAUGCAGCCAAGUGAUGGCUUUUUAUUUAGAAUUUGAAUAUGGAGGCUACAGGAACAGAUGAAGUUGACAAGCUGAAAACUAAAUUCAUAUCUGCCUGGAACAACAUGAAGUAUAGUUGGGUGUUGAAAACAAAGACCUAUUUUAGUAGAAAUUCCCCUGUAUUAUUGCUUGGAAAAUGCUACCAUUUUAAAUAUGAAGAUGAAAAUACAGUGUUACCUGCACGAUCAGGAUAUGCAAUAGAAGACUGUGUAAUUUCAGGAAAUGUAGAAGAAUUUCGUACAGAUUUUAUUUCUAGAAUAUGGCUGACCUACAGGGAAGAAUUUCCUCAAAUAGAGGGUUCGACUUUGACAACAGACUGUGGCUGGGGCUGUACAUUGAGAACUGGCCAGAUGCUGUUGGCUCAAGGACUCAUACUACACUUUCUUGGUAGAGCUUGGACCUGGCCUGAUGCUUUGAACAUUGAAAAUUCGGACUCUGAAUCACGGACUUCUCACACUGUAAAAAAAUUUACUGCAUCAUUUGAAGCAUCACCAUCAGGGGAAAGUGAACUCAAAACUCCAUCAAUUUCUUUGAAUAAAACUAUUGGGAGAUAUUCUGAUGAUCGUGAAAUGCAAAAUGAAAUUUAUCAUAGGAAAAUCAUCUCUUGGUUUGGUGAUUCCCCCUCGGCCCUCUUUGGCUUACAUCAGCUAAUAGAAUAUGGAAAGAAGUCGGGGAAAAAAGCUGGAGAUUGGUAUGGACCAGCUGUGGUUGCUCACAUAUUAAGAAAAGCAGUUGAAGAAGCAAGACACCCUGAUUUACAAGGAAUAACUAUUUAUGUUGCUCAAGAUUGUACAGUUUACAAUUCUGAUGUAAUUGAUAAGCAGUGCUCUUCCAUGGCCUCUGAUAAUCCAGACGACAAAGCUGUUAUUAUUCUAGUUCCUGUUAGACUUGGUGGAGAAAGAACCAAUAUCGACUACUUAGAGUUUGUAAAGGGAAUUUUAAGCCUUGAAUAUUGUGUGGGAAUUAUUGGUGGCAAACCUAAGCAGUCAUAUUACUUUGCUGGAUUUCAAGAUGACAGUUUGAUUUACAUGGAUCCUCAUUACUGCCAAUCUUUUGUAGAUGUCAGCAUAAAGGAUUUCCCUCUUGAGACAUUCCACUGUCCAUCUCCCAAAAAGAUGUCAUUUCGAAAAAUGGAUCCUAGCUGUACAAUAGGAUUUUACUGUCGAAAUGUUCAGGACUUCAAACGAGCUUCUGAGGAAAUCACUAAGAUACUGAAAGUUUCUUCUAAGGAGAAAUAUCCAUUAUUUACUUUUGUAAAUGGUCAUUCCACAGACUAUGAUUUUACAUCUACAACCAAUGAAGAAGACCUUUUCUCAGAGGAUGAAAAGAAAAGAUUAAAAAGAUUUAGCACAGAAGAGUUUGUUUUGCUUUAAUAAUGAACACAUUGGUGCUUGAUGAGAAGAACUCCUAUGAAAGGGAGAAAAAUGAAGAGAAAGAAACAAAUGUAUUUGAAAAUGGUUUAUUUUCACAAAUAUCUUAAUUUUUUAUGUUAUUCCAAGGAAAAAAUAUAUAAGUUUUUAAAGAUAUUUUUCUGUCAGAGAAGAGAUCUAAUGAAUCUUGGUUUCUAAUGAAUACUGAGUGAUUCUGGUUGCAUUCCUGUUUUCCAAAGAUCUGCUAAUGGUAACUAUACCUUAACUGCAAGCCUUCCUGUCUUCCAGUUCUUCUGCCUAAAGCCACUAAUCUCUUGGAGGUUUUGUGAUAAAGGCCCAAAGAUGGGUAUCACCACAUACUUUCCAUCAGCUUCUAGUAAUGACAAGAAGACCAGAGAAUGAAUCUUUGAUGCCGCCUUGCUUCCUGCUAUGAUUGUUAAUGAAAUGAAAGGAUGAUUUUGGAUGUAUUUUGAUAUAUUAAAGAGUAACUUUUAGCUGUGAUACUCAUACAAUUAUAUAAGCAGAAUUGUGAGCUAAGGUAAUAUUUAGCAAUAUGAUUUUAUUUAUAAUGGCUGCUCAUUAUGCUUGCUGUUGAACCUUCACAUGAGUCAUGAAUAUCAAGUAUUGGUUUUCCCCACAAAUUUAAAGGUUAAAUUAUUAAUAAUAACUGUAUCCAGUUCAAUCAGAUAAAAAACAGAAGAUAGGAGGAAUGUUUGUUUCCUAUCUCAAAAAUGCAGUUUUAUGGAAACUCUGCUGCUUAAUGCAGUUUAAAAAUCUGAAGUACCAAGAAAGACAUCAGUAGAUGCUCCUCUCUGUGAUUUUUGCUGUUAAUAUAAAUCAGUGUAGUGGUGUUUAUAAGUCAAGGCCACUUAUUAGGCAAAUCUGGCUUAUGUGUGUUAUGUGUUACUUAAAGACAAUUUGUGAUAUCAAAGUACCAGAGUUUUUAUUGAGCCAGGAUUAUAAAAUAAAUGCUUUAAUAAAGAUGUAAGAACACAAAAUGCCUGUUUUGAUUUUAAUGUUGGGAUUCUCUUAAUCCUUUCAUUUGAAAAAUUAUUGCCUCAAAUGAAUUCUGUUUAUAAUGAAAGCAAAUAAUAUUGCUCAGAAA